AAGAAAUUAAUAGUAAUAAUAUUAUUGAAUUAGAUGAAGAUGACAUACUUGAAGAUAUUAAUAUAAAUGAAAAUAAUAAUGAUACUGAAUUUAUAUCAGCAAUGAAUAAUUUUAUUACAGUAACUAAUGAAAAUGAAGUAUCAACAGAAUUUAGAAGAGUUUCAAUUGAUCUUUCAAACAAUAUAGAUCAAAAUAAUAAUGAAUCUAUUAUUAUUUCAAAUAAAAGAAGAAGAAAUACAUAUCUUACAAAUCCAAUUCAAAACAAAAAUAUUUAA